AUGGAUCUUGGGCGAUGCCUCGCCUUUGCGAUCUUCUUCUCGAGCUUGGCGGCUGCGCGAUCGAUUCCAGAGAAAGUGGGUGUAGCAGCAAUGAGCAGUGAUCCUCCCACGGCAUACGAGGAGCUGGAAUCGUUUGGAUUCCCCCCGGGAUUGCUGCCACACACUGUAGUGAACUACACUCUCAAUUCCAAUGGCCGAUUCAGCCUGGCGCUCAACAGGACGUGCUCAGCGAUGCUCCAGGGCACCUAUCUCGUCACCUACAACUCCCAGAUCUCCGGGACCGUGAGCCCACGCUACAUCAAAUCGCUGCGCGGGGUGAGCGUCCGCGCCUUCUUCAUCGACUGGAGCAUCUCGGGCAUCCGCGUGAACCACCAAGAUCUUGUUUUCGAGGUGGGUUUCGCCAGCGCCAAGUUCCCCAUCUCCAAUUUCGAUGAGGCGCCGGAAUGCGAGAAAGAAUCGAUCGAAGUUCCGCCAUCGUCGUCGUCCUCCUCGCGAGCCAGCGCUUAG